GGAUUUUCAAACACGUGAUCAUCAAAGCGCGAAGCCCAAAAAAACAAACAACCGUUAUUUGGAAGGAAGACACAAAAAGGAAAAGCCGUGUGAUUACACUGGAAAUGGAAAGGAGGGCGUCGUCGGCACUAGAAGAAAUACAAAACAAUUAUGAACAAAGGUUUAACUGUGGUAUUUGUAUGUGUCCUAAACUGAAGAUGGUGUAUGGGACAUGUCAGCAUAGAAUAUGUGUAGAUUGUUUAUAUUGUAACUAUGACAGCAGGAGACCCAGCAUGGACAAAUGUCCAACCUGUCAGAAAGAUGAUGCAUUUCCACCUUUUAGGCCAGAUAUUCCAGAAGACAACAUAGAGAGUCAGCGGUGUCUUGGUAUAAGAUCAUGUACAAACAGUGGUUGUCCUAUAGAAAUGUGGGAAUGGGAACUAGAGGAACAUCUUUUAAUAUGUCCAAAUAGGGCAGACUCCCCAGCAGCUACAGCCAAACGUAGAAGAUCACAUCCAAUUCACACAUAUGAUGAGACUAAACAUCAAAAGAAAUCGUUACAGCUCAGAGUGGCAAGGAGCAGAAGUAAUGUACAUGAACUGUCAAGACUGAGGCCAAGAAGACAUCAAGUUUUAGUUCAGCUUAGAUGAUGACAACCAACUCCCCCAAGUUAUUAUUAAACAUGAUGCAAAGGCCAGACCAAAUGUUUCUCAAAAAUGUUUGGUUGUUGAGGUGCUGUGAAGAUAUCAAAUUGUGAUACUAAGUGUUAAGCCAAGAGGAUAUUGAACAUAUUUUUAAAUACAUGAACCAUAGACUCUAUCAAUUCUAAUGAAUUUCUACUUUAGAGUACUGUUUCAUUUGUAUCACUUCCAGCUGCAAUGUCUCUGAAAAUCAGACUUAUAAAUGUAGAAAAAGAGAGGUCUGAAUCACACUUAAAACAUAAAUUCAUUCAUAUAAAAAUUGUUUUUGUUUCUGUUUAUGGUUUUGAAAAAAAAUCAAAACAUUUCCAAAUCUGAAAUGACUGGGUUUAUUUUUCCUUUUUAACAUAGUCAUAAAGUGAAAAAGAUGUGAAACUAAAAUCAAAAUAUGAAAAAAUAUUGCUAUUCAUUUAACUUAACCAGUCUGUAUUUGUUUAUCAGUAAAAGUUCUUCUAUAAAAGCAUGCAAAGCAAACCUUUGAUCAACUUGCUAUGUUUGCUUGGAAGUUUGCAAACAAUAGGUAGGCAGAGUUAUACACUGGGAUUUGAUUGGACAAUAACAAUUUACAUGAAAUAAAGUUAAUGUUUAUUGUCCAAUCAAAUUCCAGUAUAUGGUAAACAGGCUGAAACAGACUACAUCCCUGUUUUUUACCAUCAUAGCAAGCAAGUUGAUCAAAGAUUUGCUUUUUAUGCUAUUUAAGAAGAGCUGUAAAUGAAUUAAACAUUGCUUUUUCUCUUGUUUCUUCUUGAACUAAUUUAUUUAUAUCAAAUAAAAUUCAAAUGCUUGUUUCAUGUCUCCAUAGCUGGUUAAAAGUAAAACAAGUAGAAAAGGUUAAUAUUAAAAGUAAAAUUAUUUUUGAAAAAAUUGACAUGGACUAUGUAGAAAAAUGUUUUGAUCUUUAAUGAUACGGGAGAUUUUGUGUAUGCCAAUCAAAAUAAGGGAUUCUUAUGAAACACUACAUGUAUGUACUGAUGUACAAUUAUUGUACUUCAACUACAUCAAGUUUACUCAUUCAACCAUAAUAUAUAUACCAUUUCUGUAUUAAGUUAGAAUGAAGAUUUUUAAUAUCAUGGAUAUUACAGAUUUAUGAACAAAAAAUCCUAUAUCAUUUAUGUAUACAGAUAAUUAAGUGUCUUAACAUUGGAAAGUUUCACAUAUUAGGUAAAAGCGAAUAUUAGUGGAGAUUGGUUUUGAUCUAAAUUGAUUUCAUGUUAUUUUAACCAAAGAAAAGACCAGACAGAAGUACAAAAAUUUCACUAUUGACUACAAUUUGAUUUUUUCUAAUCAAUGAUGUAACAUUGUUGAUUUUUUUAAACGUUUUCAUUCAUCUUGUACACAAGUUUAAUAUCUGAGACUUAAUUCAAGUUUCAACUGUCAAACAAAUUUUUUGUAUCCAAAAGAGAGAAGAAAGAAUAUGGGUAUUCAGGAAUUGCUAAUAAUGUAUUUCUUUAAGUUUGUAAUUUUCAACUUUGGUUACAUAUUUGUUUGCAUUGUAUGGUUGAUAAACAUUGUACAUGUACCAAUUUACACUGAACAGCAAAUGAGUUUACAUAGAAACAGUUUAUUAGUAGAGAUUAAACACUAUUUUAUUUUUGUUUAUGUCUAUCUAUAUUCAAAUGAAUUAUUUUUACAUUUUUCAUUUUCAUGUGUUUUUCAUAGAUGUAUUUUUUCAUUGUACAUUUCAUUUGAUAUUUUUAUGAAACAUUCAGUUACAUGUAGUAGCUUUAAAAUGGAUAGCUUUUAUUGGAAAUCAUGUAAUAUCUAUAUUUUGUAUUAUAAAUAGAAAUGUCUUAUUUUAUUAUGAAAAAAAAAUAUACUGAUAAAAAAAUCUUUCCACCAAAUCUUCAUUUUUUCAAAGAGUUUAGUAAGGGCCAUAAUUUGGUUGGAAUAUUGAGGCAGCUGUUUAUAGAUUAAAAACAUGGUUUCAAGAUUAGUACAAAAUUGAAAUAGAACUAUAAUGGUGCAGGUUAUCUUUUAAAGCAAUAACAUUUAUAACCCAAUGUAGGCCUAGGAAACAGAGCAGAGGCACAAUCUGAUAAAUAUACACAUCUUGUGCACCAUCUUUGCUCACUAGGAUCUGUAAACAUGUUUUAGCACUGACUCAGAUCUGAUAUGUAAAAUGUCAUAAAAAAACAUCAUGUUUAAAAAAUGUUUCUAGCAUGGAAUCUUUGUUUCCAGUCCAAAAAUUCAAUUAAAAUUAGCCCUGCUUUCUUAAUUUUGAAAGAAAAAUCUAAACAUUAUUUUUUUUUGUGAUGUUGUAAAGACUGAAAAUAUGUAAAUUUUCUUCAAAAAAGAAAAAGCUGUAUUUUCUACCUAGGCAUUGUUUUAACUAUCAUUCAUAGAUGCCAACCAUUACGAUUUUUGCGUUCAAUUUUGUAACUUCAUUACUUUUCUGUCCUGGUCCGGUAUUUAGAAAUGCCAAUGUAAUGCUUCCGGUUUCUCGGGAGUUAUCAACCUAUUGUUGAGAAACUAACUGACUUCCAAAGAGGCAAAUGUGCAUUCAUGAAGUAGCUUUCCCCCUUUCUCUACUUCUCCUUGACAAAAUCAAAAUGUAUGAGACAAGAACAUCUGAACAAUUAAUUAAUGGAAUACAUACUACAUGUUAAACAACAAAUUUUAGUGCACAUCACCUUGCAACCACUCGUCAGUAGUUUUUAUUGGUAAAUGCACGUAUAUGAAUGAUUACUGUAAACUUUUCAAAAAUACGGAAAAUUAAAUAGUUUGUUUCUGAUUGUGUCAAAAGGGGGUUGGCAUCACUGCAUCAUUUAUUGUAAAAUUGGUAAAUUAAUUCUUAAUUGAAACUUUAGCUACACUAGCUAAGAUAUGUGCGCCUUUUUAGGUAAGGCCUUAUUGAACAUACUCCUUUGACUGAUUUUUCAGAUAUAUGUGGUCAGCAUUAAUUGAGAAAAGCUAGCUCAGUAUUUGUAAAAUAAUGAUUAAGAUCUUUUAUUAUGUUACUAGCAUCUCAAGUAAAACACAAAUAUCUAAAUUAAUGUGCCCCACCUACAAAAGCUUUUAGAUCAAUCGAAGGUUGAGCAAACAUAGAAACAUUAAAAUGAGUUUUUACAUAUUUUUCUAAGUACUGUAGAUAGGAAAUACUAUCAUAUAUUUUUUCACCUGUUUUUGUAGGAUGUCUGAAUGAUUUUGUUCUUAUGUUUGGAUGAAUGACAGUACUAUUUAUUAUGUUUUCAUUAAAAUAUUUGUCAAUGA